AUGGGUUACAUUACAGUACAGUGGUGCGGCGGAGCUGGUGACUCAAUCUCAUACCAGAGAAAUCGCGCCUCUAGUCAAGUAUCAGGCUUUGGAACGACUUCACCUUUGUUUAGCUCCAAUAAUUUGACCCCUUCGUCCCAAGCCAUCCUCUCCCUUCCCGAACGCAUUACUCCAAUCCACGAAACCACGGGCAAGAAAUGCACCCCAGCAUACUUCACAAUCUCUCACCCUCAUCCUCUUUGCGCAUCUGUCAGUCGGGAGGCUUGGGAAGCCGUCCCUGCUAUCUUUCGGAGACUCUUUCUACCCGAAGGAGGACAUGGCUUCAUCAAUGUGAACAUGGAGAAGGACGUCAUUCUGAUAUGUAGUGGGAACGGGAAGUUACGGCCCAAGACAUUUGGGAGGUUAAAGAAAGCCAUGGGCCCAAAAUGCAGAGACGACCAUCUGCACCUUGCCGCACAGGCACAAUCGCAAAGGUGCCUUGGCAACGGGGUGGGGGAAAUUAUUCUCCGAAGCCAGAAUACGGAGUUAUCGCUUCCAUCACGCAGAUUUUCAAGGAAAUCUGUCAUUUGA